UACAAGUCUAUAAGAAAAAAUAAAUAAAAAAUAAACAAAUUCGUGGCAAAUGUUUAAAAAACACAUAAUUAUUACAUUUUAAAUUAAGUAUUUAAUAAAGAUAAAACGAAAUGGCCAAUCUAAAAGAUGAUUUGGAUCAGUAUUUGCUGCUACAAAGUGAUCAAAAGAAAAAGUUCAAUGUAAAAGUGCCACAACUUAAAGUACCAGAAUUUGGUAAUAUCUUCAGCAGAAACACAGAGCCAGAAGCAAAUAGUUGGCUAAAGGAAACACAGGAUUCUUGCUGUCCUAAAUUGUCACGUCUGCAACGCAUUGUUGGCUUUGUGGCCUGUCUGGGCAUGGGUACUUUAUGCAUGACCAUCUCCAUGUUCUACAUACCAGUGUUGCUGUUAAAAACUCGAAAAUUCUCAUUACUCUACACCAUGGGCAGCUUAUUUUUCAUUUUAAGUUUUUGUUUUCUUUCCGGCUUUAUGGCUUUCUUUAGGACUCUGUUCACCAAGGAGCGUGCAUUGGUGUCAUCGGCUUAUUUCAGUUGCUUAUUUGCUACCUUGUAUUGUGCUUUGUGGGCCCAAAGUACUGCACUAACUGUGCUAUUUGCUCUGGCACAAAUGAUUGCUUUAGCUUUUAUGGUAAUUAGCACAGUACCGGGCGGUUCGUCGGGUAUAAAACUAUUUGGUUCCUUAUUCAGGAGUAGUGUAAGUUCAUCGGGAUCGAGUGCUUUGCCAGUUUAAAAUGCUGCCACUAUGAAAUGAAGUCUAUCUAUAUAUUUAUAUGAUUAAUAUAUAUUUGUAUCUCGAUAAUUGUAAAUAUAGUAUACGUGAACGUACAUUUCUAGCUGUAGUAUUUGACUUGGUAUAUAUUUCAAAAUAUACAUACAUACAUAUAUUUUUUUCUAACUAAAA